AUGCCUAAACAUGUUUAAGAAUAUACUGAAAGAGUAAGAUUUUAAAUAAGAUUUAGUUUGAUUAAGUAUUAGAGAUGUUAGUUUAAAAGGUAGAAGGAGAAGCUAAAUGGGCAGAAAUUACAAGACAAAUGAAAAAUUUGUAUGGAAUAAAUGUGCCUUAGAAACCUAUGGUUUAAGCUAGAUGGAGAGCUAUAGAUCCAAAAAUAAAUAGAGAACCUUUUACAUCAGAAGAGAUGGUGUAACAUUGGCAUCAUUGUGUAAGAUUUAAAUGUCAUUGGGAUGCUAUACGAGAUUAAUAUGAAUUAAUUGGUUAACAAAGAGAUAAGACUUAUUUAUCAUAGAGAUUUUCUAUUUAUUUUACUUAAAAGUUAUCAGAAUUGAAUAGAGAAAUAGGGAAGAUAGCAUCAUAUAAUUAAUAGAAAAUAGAUACAAUGAGAGAUACUACUAAAAAAGAGUUAUAGAAUUUAACAGUAGAGAUCCUUUAAGUGUUUAAGAUUAAUCAACAAGAGAAAUUAUAGUGA